GUACACCCUAGGGCUGUUAUUCUCGUCUUCUCCCCGAUGAUUUAAGUCAAGCCACCGGGAACCCUUAUACACCCGGAUCGACGACGAGCGCAUCCGUCGAGAACCCCCACACAUUGCCCGACAACAACGCCCGCAGAUGACGCCCCCGAGAACCGCGACAUAGACACCGAUUUACCUUUCCCCUGCCCGGGUUACGGCACCCCACAUUCAGGAUGUUGGAAGGCCUGGUCGCGGGGCUUCUGAACCGCUUCCUGGGCAUGUAUGUCAAGAACUUUGAUCCAACACAGCUCAAGGUUGGCAUUUGGUCUGGCGAUGUCAAGCUACGCGACCUCGAACUCCGCAGGGAGGCUCUCGACCAGCUGAAACUGCCUAUCAACGUGGUCGAGGGCCAUCUCGGCGAGCUUACACUGGUCAUUCCUUGGUCCAACCUGCGCGGCGCCCCGGUCAAGGUCUUCAUUGAGGACGUGUUCCUGCUUGCCUCCCCCAAGGAAGAGGCCGAGUACGACGAGGAGGAGGAAGACCGCCGGAAACAGAGGAUAAAGAUGGAAAAGCUUGACUCGGCCGAGUUGUUGAAGGAGAGAUCGCAGGAGGGCCUCAGCCCGGAGGAGCAGAAGCGUACCCAGAGUUUCACCGAGAGCCUGGUUACCAAAAUCGUCGACAACCUGCAGGUCACCGUGAAGAACAUCCACGUCCGAUACGAAGAUGCCAUCUCCGCGCCCGGCCAUCCUUUCGCCUUGGGCGUCACACUCGAGGAGUUUAGCGCUGUCAGCACCGAUGGCCAAUGGACACCCACGUUCAUCCAGGACUCGUCCAAGACAACCCACAAGCUUGCCACAUUGGAAUCCCUGGCUGUGUACUGGAACACUGAUACCAAGCUCAUGGGACCCGGCCGUGAGGCACGCACGCCGGGUGCCGAAGUGACGCCGCAUGACGAGAUGCUACAGAACUUCAAGACCAUGAUCGUGAGGAGCGACAACGACGUCUCUGCCGGCCAUCAAUUUAUCCUCAGGCCCGUCUCAGGCCAGGCUAAGAUUGAGCUCGACAAGACGGGAGAUCCGCAAGUCCCCAAGUUCAAGUCCAACCUGCUGUUCGACGAAAUCGGUUUGGUCCUAGACGACCAGCAGUACCGGGAUGCCUUGAUGAUGGUAGACCUGUUCCACUACUUCAUCCGCCACCAAGAGUACAAGAAGUACCAGCCGAAGGGGGUUACACCCAAGGAGGACCCGCGUGCGUGGCUCAAGUUCGCCGGCAAUGCCGUGCUAGGCAAGAUCCAUGAGCGCAACCGACGAUGGUCCUGGGACUACUUCCGAGAACGGAGGGACGACAGACAUCGAUAUAUCGAGCUGUUCAAGAAGAAGAAGCAGAACCAGCCGCUGACACCCCCUGAAAACGAUGACAUGAACAAGUUGGAGUGGAAGCUUGGCUACGAGGAUCUUCGAUUCUGGCGCUCCCUGGCCCGUAACCAGCUUAAGAAGGAAAAUGCCGAAGCCCUCAAGAAUCGCCCGCCGGCCCAAGAAGAGCAACAGCAGGGUUGGCUUUCUUGGGUAUGGGGGGCUAAGCCACAGAACACGGAGAAACAAGACGAGAUGGAGAAUACACGGAUCACAGAAGAGCAACGGAAAGAGCUUUACGAGGUCAUUGACUGGGACGAGAAGACCGCGCUAGCCGCCGCCGUCGAUGAGCCCCGGGACACUGUCAAGAUGCAGAUUGAGACUUCACUAAGCACGGGCAGCUUCACGCUCAAGCAGAGCCCCCACGGAGACGCAAGAGACCUCAUUAGCCUCCACUUCGACGUCUUCAAAGCCAAGGGCCUCCAACGCCCCGACUCUUUCCUCAUGGACCUCAGCCUGGGAGGCCUCCGCGUCAACGAUGGAACUACCCCGAGGAGCGUGUACAAGGAGAUUGUUCGCGUGAAGGAUGCGCCCACACAAAAGGCACAAAAGCGCUUGUCCAUUGCCGAACUCGCUCAGAUCAACGACGAGGCCUUCUUCCAGUUCCAGCUGGAGCAGAAUCCUUUGGAUGACCAAGCCGACAUUGCCGUAACCGCAAAGCUGAAGCCGCUCGAGAUCGUCUGGAAUCCGCAUGUUGUUGUCGGAGUUGCCGACUUCUUCCGCCCCCCAGAGCGUCACAUGGAGUCGAUCAAUGCCCUCAUGGAGACCGCGGGCGCAACCGUCGAAGGAUUCCGUGAGCAGACAAGGGCUGGUCUCCAGUUUGCCCUCGAGGAACACAAGACUGUCAAUGCCAAGCUGGAUUUGCAGGCGCCCCUCAUUAUCGUCCCAGAGACCAUCACGAGUCAGAGCACCGCUUGUGUGAUCCUCGACGCCGGCCACAUCAGUGUGACGAGCGAAUUAGUGGACAAGGAGACGACGAAGGAGGUCAGGUCGAAGGCUCAAACACACACGGACCAGGACCUUAAACAGCUCGAGUCUCUGAUGUACGACCGGUUCCUCGUCAAGUUGACAUCGACCCAAGUCCUGAUCGGGCCGUCAGUGGAGGAAACCAAACAGCAGCUGGUGGAAAAGGAUGACCGGCUCACGCUCCAUAUUGUCGACAAGAUCAAUGUCGACUUUGUCGUCGAGGCAUCGAUCCUUCCCAAAGCCCCCAACCUCACCAAAUUCAAGGUUUCCGGCCACAUGCCCGUUCUCCAGGUCAGCGCGUCGGACUCCAAGUACAAGACGAUGAUGCGCAUCAUCGAUGUUGCCAUACCCAAGCUUGGUGGGGAUCAGGACCAGCCUUCACGGGCGGGCACGCAACCCAAAAGACCCCGUGUUGAGAGCAACGCAUCUUCCGGAUCGCGUAGGCAAAGUGCGAGAAGAAUCUCUACGCAGUUGCUCCCGUUCAAAACACACCAGGAAGCCAUCAUCAUCGACGAUGACGACGACUUGGAUGACGAUGAUGAGUUUGAGGAUGCCAAAGACGGCUCCCCGGAUGAGCAACUGCGGGUACAGCAGCGCAUCUUCGAGUUCAAGUUCACCGUCGAUAAGCUUCGCGGCUCCCUCUACCGCAGCGAUCCCCAAAGGCAAAAACCGGAUCAGUUGCUUGUUGAGCUCGUCGCCGAGCAUUUUGGGGUCGAGUUCAACCUCAGGCCUUUUGACAUGGGCGCAGACGUUACCCUGGGAUCCGUGACGGUCGAUGACUUCGUCGAAAAUCCGCCAGCCGAGUUCAAGUCUAUCGUAUCAUCGGGCGAUGUCGAGGAUCGUAAACAAGCGAGGGACCUUGUGCAUGUCAAGUUCAUUAGAGUCAAGAAGGAGUCACCGGAGUUCAUGACCGUUUACGAGGGGGUCGAGACCAAUGUCGACGUCGCCAUCUCCACUAUCAACCUGGUGGUGACACGCAAGACCCUGCUCACCCUGCUUGACUUUAUUCUGCUCACGUUCACGAACAACCAGUCUGCUGCCGCCGCUCGCCAAAAGGCUAUUACGGACCAGGAGUCGGAGACGGAUAUCGAUGUUGAACCACCCUCACCGGUUCAGCAGCCCGAAGGCGGUGCCAUCAGAGUCAAGGUGGAUCUCAAAACUAUCAGACUGAUCCUUAAUAACGACGGCAUCCGGCUGGCCACCUUGUCCUUCAACCACGCCGACGUUGGUGUGUUCCUGCUCGGCCGAUCAAUGCGUGUUUCGACGAAGCUUGGCGACUUGAGCCUGGUGGACGAUGUUAAUUUGGGUGUUGCCGAGGACUCGAGUUUGCGCCAGCUCGUUACCAUCCAAGGCAACGAACUUGCCGAUUUCCGCUACGAGACCUUCGAUCCCUCGAAAUUCGAACAGUACCCAGGCUACGAUUCGUCCAUCUUCUUGCGGGCCGGAUCAGUCAAGGUGAACUUUGUCGAAGAGCCAUUCCGCAAGAUUGUCGACUUCCUCGUCAAAUUCGGCAAAAUGCAGGCCAUCUACAACGCCGCCCGCCAGGCCGCCGCCAACCAAGCCAAUCAGUUGCAGCAGAGCCAAAGCCGGAUCAAGUUCGAUGUUAUCGUCAAGACCCCCAUCGUCGUCUUCCCCCGCGCGGUGGUCCCAGAAAGACCUCAACGCGAUGUCAUUACGGCUUACCUGGGAGAGAUCUACGCUCAGAACAAGUUUGCGCCACUCGACGACUCGGAAGAUUCGGACAUCGCCAUGAAGCUCUCGGCCGGCAUCCGCAACAUCAGGCUGACGUCCAACUUCCAUUACAGUGAUGACCGCGAAGAAGAACUGGAACUCAUUGACCAUGUCGACCUUGGGUUCAACAUCACAUAUGCUGAGCACAGGCCCGGCGUGAAGCGGCCAGACCUCGAAGUGCAGAGCUCCAUGACAGAUUUUAAUCUCCGAAUCACUCCAUACCAACUUAACUCCCUCCUCGAGAUUUCAAGAUCGGCGCCUGCUGCAUUUUCUGGGGAUCUCGAACAGCACACCGCGGACGCCGAGAGGGAUGUCGACAAUGCCACCCUCCAGCGCGCCAGGACGAUGCCAGGCUAUGGGGGCAGUAAUACGAACGAGCAACUGAUAGACAUGAACCCCGAGCUUGGGACUCACGGGGAGGCCUGGACGAAGUUGGAUCUCAUCUUCACGGUCAACGAAAUCGGUUUGGAGUUGAUCAAUGCCCCGGAGAAUGCCCCCGUUGGCGAUGUCCAUGCCGCGAGCCUGUCGAAGUUCAGCCUCAACUCCAGCCGGUUGAAGACGCGGAUGGACUCCAACGGCAGCUUGGAAGCGGAAUUUGUCAUCCAAGCUUUUACAAUCCACGACACACGGCACCGCGAGACAAAUAAGUUCCGGCGCAUUAUGACGAGCGGCAAUACAAGCGUCGAGCAGCUCAUGGCCAGCAUUACCAUGUCUGGGGGCAAGGAUAGGAACAUCAUCGCAAUGAUUGCCAUCGAUAGCCCUCGCUUCAUUUUUGCUCUAGACUACCUUUUCGCCAUCCAGAAGUUCGUCACGGUUGGAACUCAGAGUACCGAGCCGGACGUUCCCGAGAAGAGUCCACUAGAAAGCCCCGAAGACAUGAGCGACGUGGAUUCUGUGCAAGCCAACCUCUCUGGGAGACGCUCGGAGAGUAGCAGCCGCCAGGCUAUCCAGCCCACCCCGGAGCAGACGCAAGAGAAGAAGAAUGGACCGAAAACGACGCUGGCCUACCGGGUUAACGUCGUCGAUGCCCAAGUGAUCCUGAUUGCCAACCCUUUGAGCACAAGCUCUGAGGCCAUCGUUCUAGGGACGAAGCAAGUGGUCUUUUCUCAGCAGCACGCACUCACCUUCCAAGUAUCCCAGUGCGGCAUGUUCCUUUGCCGCAUGGAUCGGUUUGACGACUCUCGCCUCAGAAUUAUCGACGACUUCUCUGUCCAAGUAUCGAUGGACAGCUCCCAACCAUCGACCACGAAAAUCCAUGCCGACAUCGAGCCCCUGAUUCUCCGCAUGUCGUUACGGGAUAUUCUUCUCGUGAUGCAGACAAUCACCAAGGCCUCCGAGCUAUCAGGCGGCACUCCGGUCGACACCGAUCACAAGGCAUCCGACCAAAAGGCGAAACAACUGAAGGCGCCCAACCUAAAACACAGGACGGGAAGCGGCAAGGUUUCAUCGACAGUGGCGGGGAGGACGAGGCGGACGAGCAAGAGUGCUGGCCACGUAUCUCAGAGAGGCGGGGUUCCACCUCCCCACGACAUCGUCAAGCCGCCCCCUCGACACGAGGAGCUUACCGUUGCCGUCGCCGGCGUCAGGGUCGUGCUUCUCGGGGACGUCCACGAGCUGCCAAUUCUUGAUAUGAGUGUCAAGAACUUCGCGGCCAGCGCCGAAAACUGGACGUCGAAUUUGAAGGCGGAAACCGCGCUCGAGAUGUACAUGAACAUUUACAACUUCGCCAAGUCUGCGUGGGAGCCUCUGAUCGAGCCUUGGCAAGUCGGCUUUGGGGGAGCUCGCGACCAGAAGACCGGUGUCACGUCGGUCGACGUGACAUCGAAGCGCAACUUCGAUAUCACCAUCACUACCGCUAGCAUUGCCCUACUCUCACAGUCUUUUGCCUUCUUCUCGCAGGAUCAAGACGUUCUCAGCAAGCCCCGCGGCGUUGAGGCUCCUUACCGCAUCCGCAACUACACCGGCUUCGACGUGAUCGUCAAUGCCAAGCGACAAAGCAGCGAAGAUGUAGCACUGCGUCUCACAGAUGGACAAGAGGUUCCGUGGAGCUUUGAGGACUGGGCAAAGCUGCGUGAGAGCCUAAUGGUCGCUGACGGUGCCGGUGCCAGUAACGUGUCUGUCCAACUCGACGGCAGUGGCUUUGACAUGGUCAAGAACAUCCGUCUGUCACGCGAGGGCGAGUUCCUCUAUGCCCUGAAGCCAAAGACGGACGGCGUUCUGCACAAACUCCUGGUUGAGGUCAAGCUAGGCACCGACAACGUCAAGUAUGUCACGCUGCGCAGUCCCCUGUUGGUGGAGAACGAGACCGAUCUCCCUGUCGAGCUGGGCGUGUAUGAUGCUCACGAGGGCCACCUGCUCAAGAUCGAGAAGAUCGCUCCCGGUGAGAGCAGGCCAGCACCCGUCGGAGCCGUCUACGAGAAGAGCCUGCUUGUUCGACCAGACCCUGGCUUCGGUUACGGAUGGAGCACGGAUACUCUGUGGUGGAAAGAUCUCCUCAGGCGGCCAACCAAGACAUUGGUGUGCAAGGGAGAGCAGGGUGACCCUUUCUACUUCCAAAUGUCUACACGCUGGGACAAGUCCAACCCGAUGACUAGGAAUUAUCCGUAUAUGCGUCUCAAGAUCUCUGCGCCUGUGACAUUGGAGAACCUGCUCCCCUACGACUUCAAGUACCGAAUCUACGAUAAGAGCACAAAGAAGGACUGCCCCGUUCAUGUGGUCGAGCUGUCUCAUCUCCUGCUCCUCAGCAUCGAUAUGCAGGAUACCCUGUUCAAGCCAAGCGAGUUUGCUAUCAUUAACGCCGGCCCGACGGAUGAUUUUAAGAAGGAAACACAUCUUGUGCUACAUUAUUUCCGCAUUCCCGAUGGCGGGGGUGCGUUCAAAGUCACCGUCUACAGCCCCUAUGUGGUCUUGAACAAAACAGGCCUUGACGUUAGCAUUCGCUCCAAGAGCUUCAUGCAACAUGCGAAGGCGGCGGCGGGGCAAGCACUCAUCGACGUUUCCGACGGAAACGAUCAAAAGGCGCAGCCGCUCAUGUUUUCGUUCAACAGCGAUGACCACAGGAACCGGGCCAUCCUCAAGGCCGGCGAUUCGGAAUGGAGCAAACCGCAGAGUUUUGAUGCCAUCGGAAGCACGUCCGAGGUUGUGCUCGAUUCCACCGGGAAGAAUGCCGAGAUCCACGUCGGUGUCACGGUCGACUCAGGGCUGGGCAAGUACAAGAUGGUGAAGACGAACAAGCUUGGCGACGACAUCAACAUCCGCGAACCCAGCUCCUCGAGUUUGAUGUCCCUCAAGACUGGCGCGUUUAGGCCGCUGCAUUAUCUGCAUAGAGGUGCCGUCAAGCAGUUGUGCCUAUGCUACCCUGGAUUUGACAACCAAUGGACGGCACCUUUCAACAUUUCGGACCUUGGUGUCACGCAUCUCAAGAUUGCCAAGGCCGGUCAACGCCAGCGGCUGGUCCGGGUCGAGAUUCUCAUGGAGGACUCUACCAUAUUCUUGAAUCUGAGCAUGGAGCAGCGGAACUGGCCCUUCUCAAUGCGCAACGAGAGCGAUAUGGAGUUUACUUUUUAUCAGGUCAAUCCCAGCCUUGACGAGGACGAGGUCGAGGAUCGAUCGGGGUGGCGGGCUGUUAGGUACCGUCUCCCUCCACGCAGCAUCAUGCCGUACGCGUGGGAUUUCCCAGCGGCCAAGCACAGGGAGGUAUGCAUCAGUGCGUACAACAAAGAGCGGCAUGUGAAGCUCGCGGAAAUCGGUAAUUUGAUGCCCAUGAAAUUCAUCGGCACAAAUGGCCAAGCAAAGAUUAUCGACAUCAACGUGACCGCCGAAGGGCCCACGCAGUCGCUCAUCUUGUCCAACUUCAAACAGUCCAAGAGCCUUUACCGACAGCGGUCCAACGCAGGGUCGAGUAGCAGCCGGGAGGGUUUCGAAGCGAAGCAGCUCGAUACCAACACCAGCUUCAGCGCGCAGCUGCGGCUGUCCGGCAUUGGCGUCUCGCUGAUCAACUCGCAGCUCAAGGAAUUGGCGUACCUCACCUUCCGAGAUGUCCAGCUUCGCUACAGCGACUCACCCAUGUACCAGACGGUGAGCCUGGCCGUGAAGUGGAUCCAAAUCGACAACCAGCUCUAUGGCGGCAUCUUCCCGAUGAUUCUCUAUCCUAGUGUGGUUCCAAAGAGGGCACAGGAGAUCGAAGCACACCCCUCACUGCACGCCAUGGUCACGCGGGUCAAGGAUGACUCGUACGGUGUCGAGUACAUCAAGUACGCCACCGUCCUUCUCCAAGAGAUGACGGUGGAACUUGACGAGGACUUCAUCUACGCCGUCCUGGAAUUCUCCAAGAUCCCCGGAGCUUCCUGGUCGUCGACGGCGGAAGAGGAUAAGCUGUGCGAUGACAACAUCGACAUUCCGCAGCCGAAGCAGCAGCAGGCAGGCAGGGACAUCUACUUUGAGGUCCUCAACAUCCAACCAAUGCAGUUGGAUCUCUCGUUUGUACGAACAGAGAGAGUCAAUGUGGAGGACAAGACCUCGUCCAAGAACCCAGUCAUGUUCUUCUUUAACGUCAUGACCAUGGCUCUCGGCAACAUCAAUGACGCGCCAGUCAGAUUUAACGCAUUGAUGCUGGAGAAUGUGCGAGUCUCCAUACCAGUGCUCGUACAGAACAUCUCGAACCACUACAGCCAGGAGGCGCUGUACCAGAUUCACAAGAUUUUGGGCAGCGCUGACUUCCUCGGCAACCCGGUGGGGCUGUUCAACAACAUCAGUUCGGGCUUUGCCGAUAUCUUUUACGAGCCAUACCAGGGCCUCAUCAUGUCCGACAAGCCAGAGGACUUUGGCUUGGGCCUCGCCCGCGGCGCCGGGUCCUUCUUCAAGAAAUCCGUCUACGGGUUCAGCGACUCCUUCUCCAAAGUCACGGGUAGCUUCGCCAAGGGCCUCGCGGCGGCAACGAUGGACAAACAAUUCCAAGACCGGCGGCGCAUCACACGGGCGCGCAACCGACCGAAACAUGCCCUCUUCGGGGUCACAGCGGGCGCCAACAGCCUCUUCACCUCGGUCGCAUCUGGCGUCGGCGGCCUCGCCCGCAAACCGCUCGAGGGUGCCGAGCAGGAGGGUGCCCUCGGCUUCUUCAAGGGAAUCGGCAAGGGCGUGGUCGGGCUAGCGACCAAGCCGGCAAUCGGCGGGGUGCGCAACACGACAACCGUCUUCGACGGCUCCGAGCUCGACCGCGUGCGGCUGCCGCGCUACAUACCCGCCGACGGCGUGGUGCGGCCGUACUCGCAGCGCGAGGCGCUCGGCCAGAGCUGGCUCAAGCAGGUCGACAACGGCAAGUACUUUGACGAGGCCUACAUCGCCCACCUCGAGCUCCCCACCGAGGACAUGGUCGUCAUGGUCACCUACGCCCGCAUCCUCCUCAUCCGCAGCCGCCGGCUGCAGACUGAGUGGGAUGUUCCGCUGAAGGAUGUGCAGACGAUCGCCAAGGAGCGGACUGGUCUCAGUUUGACGCUUCGUGGUGGUGCCAACGGGCCGUUUAUCCCCAUCGGCCAGGAGAGUGGGCGCACGUUUAUCUACCGCAUGGUGGCGGUUGCUGUGGAGGAGUUUAAUCGGCGGUUUAAGGGGUUGGAGUAGGGUGCUGACUUUGUGGGGCAGGCGGGAGGAAGGGUGAAGUGGUGGAGGCGGGGUUGGAAGAGGCGGGCUGGUUGAGAAACGGGUUGCUUUGCUGGGGUGGCUUGGCUUUGCUUUGUGG